CAGCAAAAGAAUUGAAAAUGAAGAUCUACUGAGGUAAAUGGGAAGAGACAAAAAGGCCUUCCCAGACAUUAUCAACUGGAAGAGAGAUGAUGCAGGCAGGUGAUAUUGGUGACAAAGAAGAAUGAGAAUGAUUACUUAUCUAUAACUCCCAGCAGUAUGUCAGGGUACAUACCCAGUUACUUAGACAAGGACGAGCUAUGUGUGGUAUGUGGUGACAAAGCCACUGGGUAUCAUUAUCGCUGCAUCACUUGUGAAGGCUGCAAGGGAUUUUUUAGAAGAACCAUUCAGAAAAACCUCCAUCCAACCUAUUCCUGUAAAUAUGAAGGAAAAUGUGUGAUAGACAAAGUAACAAGAAAUCAGUGCCAGGAAUGUCGCUUCAAAAAAUGCAUCUUUGUUGGCAUGGCAACAGAUUUGGUGCUGGAUGACAGCAAGCGGUUAGCAAAGAGAAAGCUGAUAGAAGAAAAUCGAGAGAAGAGACGUCGGGAGGAACUGCAGAAAACAAUUGGGCACAAACCUGAACCAACAGAUGAGGAGUGGGAGCUGAUCAAAAUUGUUACUGAAGCACAUGUGGCCACCAAUGCACAAGGAAGCCAUUGGAAGCAAAAAAGGAAAUUUCUGCCAGAAGAUAUUGGACAAGCACCAAUAGUUAAUGCCCCAGAAGGUGGGAAAGUUGAUUUAGAAGCCUUCAGUCAGUUUACAAAAAUUAUCACACCAGCGAUUACAAGAGUGGUGGAUUUUGCCAAAAAGUUGCCUAUGUUUUGUGAGCUGCCAUGUGAAGACCAGAUAAUCCUUCUGAAAGGCUGCUGCAUGGAAAUAAUGUCCCUCAGAGCAGCAGUGCGUUAUGACCCCGAGAGCGAGACAUUAACUCUAAAUGGGGAGAUGGCGGUGACGAGGGGCCAGCUAAAAAACGGAGGUCUCGGCGUAGUGUCUGAUGCCAUCUUUGACCUGGGCAUGUCGCUGUCGUCAUUUAACUUGGAUGACACUGAGGUCGCCCUUCUUCAGGCUGUGCUGCUCAUGUCAUCAGAUCGCCCAGGUCUUGUCUGUGUUGAGAGGAUAGAAAAAUGUCAGGAAGGUUUCCUCCUGGCAUUUGAACACUACAUUAACUACAGAAAACAUCAUGUUGCACAUUUUUGGCCAAAACUGCUGAUGAAAGUGACAGACCUACGAAUGAUUGGAGCCUGCCAUGCCAGCCGCUUCCUGCACAUGAAGGUGGAAUGCCCCACAGAACUUUUUCCUCCUUUGUUCUUGGAAGUGUUUGAGGAUUAGAAAGACUGAUGGGGUCCUCAGAAUUUCUAUAGCACUACUGGCUGUCAUUUCAUUCCAUUGCCUAGCUCUUACCAUGUUUGUUUGUUCUCU